AAUCUACGUUUAGUUUUCAUCAGAUACAAACAUAACCUCUUUGUGCUGAGCAUAAGAAAACUAAAUACCAGGUAAAGAAUAAUAACAAAUAAUAAAAAUGUCAGAAGAUAAAAAAGAUAAUUCAACGUUGUCUGAAUUGUUUGAAAAUGCAUUUAAAUUAUUCAAUAAUAUUAAUAAAACAGAUGAGCCAACUAAUGCACCAAAAGUACAGUCUGACAUUAAGAAGGCAAUGAACAUGUUUGAAAAUUUAACAAGAUUUGUAUCUGUGGUAGACAUGUUUAGCGAAAAUGAAACUGUCGAUGAAAUAGCAACGGAACAUCUCAAGUAUCUUUUAUUACCAGCUCUUCUUGGUACUCUAAUUACUAAAAUAUGUGGUACCAAUGACAGAAUGCAUCUGAUCAAAGUAGCGGAGAUCUACUUUGUUGAUUUUCUAAAAAGACUUAAAGCUUACGGUAUUACAGACAUAAAUAUUCCUGAAGAAAAAUCAGAACAAGAAAAUGGUAGUUCUAACGCCAGAGUCAAAAGUAAUGCUGAGAUGAUUACGGAAAUGGUUUCUUGUAGAAAUACAAAAUUACAAAGAUACCAAGAACAAAAGGAAUUAGAGUCUCGUUUAGACACAUUGCAAAAAAACUUGGAUAAUCCAAACAUUGAUGAUGAAACUAAAAGGGAAUAUUUUAUGGCACUUUUAAAAUUAUACGUAAUACAAACAAUUGAUGAAUUGAGUUCGAUAGCAGCGGAGAAACCUAUAUUGGAAUAUAUGCAAAAGAUGGGCCCUUCAGAAACCAUGACGAAUCGUUCUUCGCAGAAAUUCAAAUCAUCUGCUAGUAAACUUCAACCAAUUAUUAUCACACGAAAUGAACUCCAAAAGAAAGUUUACGGUGCUGGAUAUCCAAGUCUUCCAGUUUUAACGGUUCAAGAGUUUUACGAUCAAAGAGUUAAGGAAGGAGAUUGGCCUGAUCAAUCGCAACGUAAUCAAAUUAAUUCUAAAUGUCUUCAAGAUAUAGCUAGCAGCGAUGACAAUGAAAAUACACAAGAAGACAUUGAAAAUAUAGAAAAGGAAGAAAAAAUAGAACAGGAUGACCCAGAACUUUUGGAACGAACUCGUGCUAUGGAUGAAUACAAGGAUACGCAUCAUCGAGGAUGGGGAAAUCGUGCGAAUAGAAGUUAAAUCCAAAAUCACAUGUAUUAGUAUAGAUAAUACAAAAGAAUAAAAUUAUAUAAGUAAUAAAUAA